UGGAAACGGGUGAAGCCAGUCGCUAGCCGCACGCACGUCAAAAUCGAGAAUUCAACUGGAUGCGAUCCAGUUCGGUCCUGAAGGGAGGCAUCAAGUUCCACCUGCGAUCACCCCCGCUUCGCACAGUACAUGAAGAGGGGAUGCAAAGCAUGGGUUUCGAUGCAACGUGCCACGAAGGAGAGUGACAAAACGAAGCAGAUCUUAGACGACAGAGACGAUGGGUUUGCCUUCUAGUGAUGAACACUUUCAUUGUCAAGGAAGUCAGCUGCAUGAGUCCGUAUGGAGUUCAGAAGGUUUAAAAUGAAGACUGGCUAACCGGUUUGCGGGGGCAGCAAAAGUUAUGGAGAAUCAAAGGGUGGUCGACGUUCUGUUGAGAGCUGCCUAAACUUGGAUUUCGAUCCUGUGGCCGUUCCCUGAAGCUGGCGGACUGAAUGUGGGCAAGCAGAUUUCAGUUUUGCUUCGAGGACGUUGCAACUGUCGGAGUGACACCCUGGGGAAUCAUGGCCCCGGAGGGUCCCCAAGAACCGAGAGGUACCCACACCAACCCGGAGAAAGUCACGGCGGAGAGGAAGAGCCGGCCUCGGAGCAUCAAAGAGAUAACUCAUACAUUUGUGAAGCAAGCAAAAAUUCACGGGAUUAAGUACAUCUGUUCACAGCACUAUUCACUGCACCGCAGAGUCGUUUGGUUUUUAGCCUUUUGCACCUCAUUGGGGUUCCUAAUCUCUUGGUCCUCCAACCGGUUCCUCUAUCUUCUUUCUUUCCCGUCCCACACCCGAUUUCACAUGGACUGGACCAAGGAGCUCAACUUCCCCGCUCUCACCAUAUGCAACAAUAACCCAAUCCGUUUCUACCAGUUGACCAAAAGUGACCUGUACUACGCGGGCCAGUGGCUGGGGCUUCUCACCGAGAACCGCACAGCCCGGCCCUUGGUCAUUGAGCUCAUUAAGGAAGACAGGCGGCAGUGGUUUCAGAAACUCUCCGAUUUCCGUCUCUUUUUACCGCCUCGCAGUUUUGAAGGAAUCAGCCUGAAUUUCAUGGACCGCCUGGGCCACCAGUUGGAUGACAUGCUUCUAUCUUGCAGAUACCGAGGGGACAUGUGUGGGCCACAGAAUUUUACCUCAGUUUUUACCAGAUAUGGAAAGUGCUACAUGUUUAACUCAGGAAGUGAUGAUAAGCCUCUACUGACCACUGUGCAAGGUGGGACUGGAAAUGGCCUUGAGAUUAUGUUGGACAUUCAGCAGGAUGACUACUUGCCAGUGUGGGGUGAAGCAGAAGACACAACGUUUGAAGCAGGGAUAAGAGUACAGCUCCACACUCAGUCCGAGCCACCAUUUGUACAUGAGCUGGGAUUUGGAGUUGCACCAGGAUUCCAGACAUUUGUUUCCACUCAAGAGCAACGGCUGAUAUACCUGCCACCACCCUGGGGAGACUGCCAAUCAUCAGCUGUUAACACAGACUUUUUCUCAAGUUACAGUAUCACAGCCUGCAGGAUUGAUUGUGAAACCAGGUACCUGGUGGAGAACUGCAACUGUCGAAUGGUGCACAUGCCAGGUGAUGCUCACUAUUGUACCCCUGAGCAAUACAAGGAGUGUGUAGAGCCGACCUUAGCCAUGCUGGCAGAGACAGACAACAACUGUCUUUGCAAAACGCCAUGUUAUCUAACACGGUACAACAAGGAGCUGUCCAUGGUGAAGAUUCCUAGUCGAACCUCUGCAAAAUACCUUGAAAAGAAAUUUAACAAGACAGAAAAGUACAUUUCGGAGAAUAUCUUAGUGUUGGACGUUUUCUUUGAAGCCCUGAACUAUGAAACUAUUGAACAGAAGAAAGCAUACGAAGUUGCAGGCUUACUCGGUGACAUCGGUGGACAGAUGGGGCUGUUUAUUGGUGCUAGCAUUUUAACAAUACUAGAGCUGUUUGAUUACUUAUAUGAGGUUAUGAAGGACAGGUUAAUGGACAUGAUUAGUUUCAAGAAAGGAGAGGAAGAAACAAGUCAUGAUGAUAAUGUGGUAACGCUCUCCGUUAAUCUGGAUGAACCACUAAAGCAGGACACAAGCUCUUCCCAGCUGAACUAAAUGUGCCAUGAGUCUGCCAGAAUCUUUCUAAGAAAACUGUGUUGUUAUUACACACAUAACAGAUUUUGUUGAAUGCAUAAUGAAUGCUGUAUUGCAAGAUAAAGACUUGUAGGAUAUUCCUCGUAAGAUAUGCUGUGAAGCUUUCCAGGCAAGAAGAGGCUUCCUUUUAGAUCUGGAAAGCACAGAAAGAAUUCCUUCUUGUCUGGAGGGCAUUUUACCUGGUCUGCAGUCUUGAUAUUUAAUCAGGACACUAGCCAGUCAAUGCCUCCUGUGCUCCAAAAAUUGAAGCAAUUAAAUAAAAAAACUGUAUGUGUGUUUUUUCAACAACAAAACAAAAACCCCAAAUAGAUGUGCUUAUGAUGGAGGUGAUUGCUAAGACUGUCACUUCUGAAUUUCUUUCCCUAACAUGUGAGCUUGUGUCACUUUGUUUAGCUUUAUGUAUGUGCACCCACAAUUGCAGUCCUCUAGAUUAGUUAUGGUGGUAGCCAACAGCAACAGAAUGUAGAUCAGCAUUGCCUACGCAGUGUAAAAUCUUGUCCAGCUUCACCAUAUUUGUUAAUCACUUUGUUCUUCACACUGACGCCAUUCAGUUUUUCAGAUAAUAUUCAUCGGAGAUGGUCACAGGAAAUAAGAAGCAGUCACAAUUUGGGUUUCAUUUCAGUAGGUCUAUCCCUAUAUGUGCUAUCCUGCUACAGAGAAAUAUCCAUUUUAACAAAAUUUACUAAUACAGUAAUGCACUAUUCACUAAAUAAUAACUCAUUUGUCCCCUGUGCUUGGUGAAGAUCAUGACACAGCAAUGAACCUGUGAAAUGGAUGAAAGGGUUCUUGAUGAGUAAAAUCCCUUAGAUUUGAAGAAUGACAAGGGAAUGAUUUGUCUCCAAAUAUGUUCCUAUCAUCACAGUUCCAGUUUACGCUGUGAAAUGUUUUAUCAAACAUUAGCAGCACUAAGUGCGGAGAUCCCCGAUGUCACACCUAUAAUAGGGCCUGGGAACAGAAUGACCAAUGCAGGAAUAGAAAUUUACUGAAGUAACCCACAGAAUAGCAAUGGUGCUCACUGUUGUGGUCUCUUCACCCAGCAAAAAAUAAGGCAGUGCUCUUUUACUAAAAGAUACAACUGUACUUGUCAAAUGAUAAAGAAAUGUUCUGCUUCUACUCAGAUUAAUAGUGUUCGUUCUUAACUGUUAACUCAUUCUUCUCUAUAAACCUAUGUCCUUCAACAGUAAAUUACUAUGCCAACAUUAGCUGGCACUGAAGUUUGCUCAUAAUUUUAUUUCUUUGUGUACGUAAAAGAAAUGUGGAUGUGUGUCUUGAAUAAAGAAUACAUUAAAUGGUUGCAGUUCAACAAAGGUUUCAGCCCUGCAAAUUGUCCAUGUGCUUUGCAACGUUUAAAUUGCAGAUAUCAUCUAACCAUUCUUGCAGAGAUGGUUCUAGUGCUCAUAGCUAGAAAAGCAUCUGAAGCAAAGAUCUGUCUUCAAUAAUGUGUGAAUACCAAUUCAUGAUAUAAUGAAUGAGCGCAUUAAACUAUUAUACUCAGUUAAUUUGUCCACCGUUUCAAAUGAAGAAUUAAUUAUUUUAUUUUAAGUGGUAACAACACUUGCAGUAAUUUUUCCUCCAAGCGUAUCUCCCUUCAAUAAGCUUAUGCCAGUUUAUGGACAUAUUAUUUAGUGCAGAAAUACUUACUGUACUCUGAGAUUUAACAAAAGUCAUGGUGCAUUCAGCUUCAGAAGUAUGGGUUGUAGCUGAUCAUUUCCAGUCCAUCAUUUUCAUAUGUUCAUUUGUAAAUAUUUGUAA